CGGCGAUCAGCCCGAUAUCCUUUCGUGAGUAGCCGGUUCUUCUAUGUCUUUCUCAGGUACUAAUUUGAUUGUCCUAAGAGUAGAAUUUGUUAUUGAUGGGACGAACCAAAAGAAGUAACCCUAUGUACCUUCAUGCACAGAGGGCAAAAGGUUUUCAGGGAAGGUGCAAGGUGCUAAUUAGUUUGUUCUGGUGGCAUCUAUUUGAAUUAGGGGCAAAGGAUAGUACAGUCUCUCAGCAAGUCAAGGUUGAACCAAAAGUGAAAGAUGAGAAGGCACCAGCUCUUGAAGAUGCUGAAGCUCUUGAGGUGGAAGAAAAUAAGAAAAGCCACUUGAAUGUUGUGUUCAUUGGUCAUGUUGAUGCUGGGAAGUCAACAAUUGGAGGACAGAUACUCUUCCUUAGUGGUCAGGUUUCCAAAAAUAUGAGAAAGAAGCAAAAGACAAAAGUAGAGAAAGCUGGUGAGACUUUACAUGAUUUCUUUAUUCUUUACAUGGAAAAUAGAUGCUUUUCCUACGUUACUUAUAAACUAUUUGCCUAAGAGAGUGAUAAUGCAACACAAAUCAAUUUGAAAAAUGGUUUCUUGUCCCAUGUUACUUUACAUUCUCAUUCUUUAUACACCAUGUAACCAUUCUAGGCAACAUAUUGUUUUUAUUCUGUUUCUCGCUAUUAAAAGGUUGUUUGUUUUGAUAUGCUUGUUUUGCAUGCCAAGAGAAUCAUAUAUCCUAUGAGGAACUUGAUUUUAGAAGUUAGGCUAGGAUUAUGUUGGUUUAUUCUGGUAUUGCUAAUAUAUGUUUUGUUAUGUGAACUUAAAAGUAUAAAUUUCAUCCCUGAUG